AGCCUCGGGCAGGGCGGAUGGAGGCGAGCAGAGCGAGGAGCCCGAGCACCCAUGCCCGAACAAGUAGUUACUGUUGCUGGAGGUGUAACAGUAGGGAUCCUUUUAUUUGUUCUCAUUGGAGUAACUGCAUACUUGCUCUGGAAGAAGCUCUGCCUUGCAUAUUCUUACCAAGAGCUCCCUAAUACUGUCAAAACAACACCUGUGAAUGCCAUCUUGCAAGACCAGUCAUCUUCUGAAAUUCAACCAAAAAGCACAAGUUACUGCAGGGCUCUGAAGCUCUAAAAGAAGAAGUUGCAGUCAGUUCUUCAUUUUCUUUGGAAGAUUAAUUCUAAAAGAGAAGAAAGAGAAAGAGUUUGGUUUCUAUAUUUAAACUAGAAGAAUCAGUAGCUGUUGAUGUCUUGAGCAGAUCCAAAAGCAUCCCAUUUAUAAUACCACCAACACUGCAUGGGCGAGACUGGAUUAACCUGACAAAUGAAGAACAAAUUCAGGAAGACAAUAACUCCUGCAUGACUCCCCAGUCUGGGCCACGGUCAUCAUUUCAUUCUUUGGCUGGAGCUUACAUUGUAGGGACCGUCAACCCAGAGCUGUACAAGUUUCCUGAAGACAAGAGUGAGACCGACUUUCCUGAAGGCAACAUUGGCCGUCUCUGGUUCUCUGUAGAAUAUAAACAAGCAUCCGAAAGGCUCCUCAUCUCCUUGAUCAAAGCCAGGAAGCUGCAGCCUCCUGCUGAUUCCUGCAGUCCCUUUGUGAAAAUCUACCUGCUGCCUGAUGAAAGAUGCUACCUGCAGUCUAAAGUAAAGCGUAAAACCCUUAAUCCACAGUUUGAUGAAGACUUUGUUUUCCAGGUUUCCAGUAAAACAUUGCUUCAGAGGACUCUGAAGUUUCUGGUUUAUCAUGUUGAUAAGCAGAAGCACCACCACCUCCUAGGCCAAGUCAUCUUCCCACUGAAAAAUGAGACCUUAACUGAUGACAGCAAAGUAGUCGUAUGGAGAGAUCUGGAGAGAGAAAACUUAGAGUCUCCCUCAGAGUAUGGCGAUAUCCAGUUCUCCCUCAGCUACAAUGACUACCUGGGUCGUCUCACUGUGGUGGUUCUGAGGGCAAGGGGAUUAAAGUUCCAGGAUGAGAGCCGUGAUGUCAGUGUGUAUGUCAAGGUCUCAUUAAUGAACCACAAUAAAUUAGUCAGAAGUAAAAAGACAGCAGCUGUUCUGGGAUCUCCCAAUCCAGAGUAUAACGAAUCCUUCAGCUUCAAGGCAAAUCAGACAGAGCUGGAUACAGCAAGCCUGAGUCUAUCUGUGCUCCAGAACACCGAACAAAAAUCACAUGUGCUGGGGCGUGUUGUAGUUGGGCCAUUCAUGUACAGCCGGGGCAAAGAACUAGAACACUGGAAUGAAAUGAUCAGCAAGCCUAAGGAGCUGGUUAAACAGUGGCACGCACUCUGCUGCAGCACUUAAACAGCAUCGCUCUAUGGACAAAAAACACACGUAAGAAGGAGAAGCUCUCAGUGCCUUUUAUAACCUAACGAUAAAGGGUACAAAAUCUUUCAACAGCUAACACUCCUAAGCAGGCAGGAAUAAAAGAAGGAGGUGUACUCUUUCUUUCUCCAAACACAAUCAGAAGACUUGGUCUUCCCUGGUAGUCUGGAACCCAAGCCCAACCUGUCCUUGUACGUCUCCCCAGAUAUCUCUGCUGGAACCAGAGCAUGGAUUAAGGUUUGAGCUGGUACAGACAUUCUUACAUAGAAAACUCAGUCAAUUGGUGGAAGCCCUUAGGAUCUAUGUUUGUUUUAGUGGUAGUUUUCUGCACUAAUUAAAUUACUGUUCUGUAACGUAACUCAAAGCAAUUACUUUCUCUCAAAAUAAAUACAAUUAUUCUCUU